GUUGUAACUGUUCCAGCCCAUAUUCUGAAAGAACUAUAAAGACAGUGGGCUCUGGUACUGUUAUCAUUUCUAAUAGUUUGGUCUUGGACUUUAGGAAAGGCUUGCUGACACCAAGUUGACGUAGAAAUGAAGCUAGCCUUUUUCUUAGUUUUGCUACUGACUGUUACAACAGCAUGGAGCAGUCCGGUAGUUAAGACCCCCAGAGAUCGCAAUAACAAGCCGUACAAAGUGGUGUGUUACCUGGGCAGUUGGGCCAACUACCGUUGGGGAGAUGGAAAAUACAAAAUUGAAGAUAUCGACCCUUUCAUCUGUACCCAUCUCAUCUAUGGGUUUGCUAAACUGGACUUCAAUAACAAGAUCGCUGCGUAUGACCCUUAUCUAGAUUUGGUAGAGAACUGGGGUUUGGGUGCGUAUCAAAGGUUCAACAACUUGAGAAAAAUAAAUCCUGAGUUAACCACCAUUUUGGCCAUUGGCGGUUGGAAUGAGGGAUCAGUCAAAUAUUCCAAUAUGGCAAGGGAUCCAGCCAAAAGAAAAAUAUUUAUCGAUAGCUGUGUGGAGUUUCUUCUUCAUAACGGCUUCGAUGGAUUAGACAUGGAUUGGGAAUAUCCUGCUAACAGAGGUGGAAGACCAGAGGACAAACAGGAUUUUGUCACGCUGUUGAAGGAGCUCAAGCAAGCUUUCUCUCCACAUGGUCUUUUACUGACUGCCGCCGUCUCGGCUGGAAAGAAAACUGUGGAAACAGCUUACGACAUCCCUAAAGUUUCACAAUAUCUGGACAUCAUCAACAUCAUGACAUAUGAUUUCCAUGGAGGUUGGGACAAUAAAACAGGCCAUAAUUCUCCCAUAUAUCCAAGGCCGAAUGAAUCCCCAGAAGACCAGACAUUCAACGUGGAUUUCGCCAUUAAUUUUUGGAUUAAAAAUGGAGCUGAUCCAAAAAAGAUAACGAUGGGGCUUCCUUUGUACGGACGUUGUUUUACCUUGAAGGACACCAGUAUAAAUGGGUUCGAUGCUCCAGUAACUGGACCGGGUCAACAGGGACCUUUCACGAGAGAACCAGGGAUGAUGGGCUACAUUGAACUUUGUCCCAACCUGAAGCAUAGCCAAUGGACCAUUGUUAGAGAUCCUCAUCAUAAGGUACCAUACAUGUAUAAAGACAGGCAGUGGUGUGGCUACGAUGAUGCUGAAAGCUUCCGGAUAAAGACAGAUUAUAUUAAAAAGAUGGAUCUUGGAGGAGGGAUGGUUUGGUCAUUGGAAACUGAAGAUUUUAAUGGAAAGUGCCAUGGACAACGAUAUCCACUUUUGACCAUUCUACAAGAGGGUCUGAACGGACCCAUUGAGCGAGUAACCACUACAAGUCGCCCAGAAGCAAGUUCUACGGCCAGCUCUAGUGGACCAAGCCCUGGAGGGUCAACCCAGUCACCACAACCAGGAUCCACGGUUGAUGAUGGUAACACCUUAGUUUGUGAAAAGGAAGGCAUGUUUCGCUAUCCUAAAGACUGUAGAAGGUUUUAUCAGUGUGUGAGAAACGGGUCCUCCUUCAAAAUAUUUACAUUCCAGUGUCCUAUCAAAACAGUCUUUGACACAAAUAUUAAUGCCUGUUCCCACCCAGAGCUGGUUACUGGUUGUUAGAAAGAUUGAUAAUUUUAAGUAGUUGCAAAUGCUAUUUUUCCUUGCUGAAAUUAAAGUUUAGAUCAACAAAAUAAAAUCUAGAACUUUGUAGAAUGUUUUUUUUUGUUUUUUUUCUGAGACAAAUGAAAUAUAG